AAGGGGAAAAUCACCGCAUGAAAAAAAGAUAUUGGUUCAAGGAUAUCUCUUCAUUUUCAACAUAUUUUUCCUGCUGGGACUUUAUCAACAAGUUACUGCGCCUUUAUUGCAUGUUGCCUGAGUGAAGGACUAUGGCAGCUCGGCUGCUUUUAAACUUUACAUUCAGGCAGGAGAUGGAGAUGGAAAUGUGUGCCUACUAGCUGGAACUGCCUGGGGAGCUGUUACAUCAGACGAAGUGACAAUGAUUAAAAUCUGCUUUUUGCUGCUCUAAAUCUAUUGAGCGACUAACAGUUGCCUGUUAGGUUUCCUUCCCCCUCACAACUUCACUACGAUCUACUUUUGCCGGGAAAAGAACAAAUAAGAGAAGUUAUUAAAUCUGUACAGUCAUAAUUUCGGGAAUAGAGGGGUAUCACGUUUUCUUCCUUGAGAAAAUUGCCUGGGCGAGAGAGUGGAGUUGAGCUAAUUGUAGCCUAAUCCCUGGCCCAGAGGCGCUUGGGCAGCCCGGAGCGAGAAUUUUCUUUUUUAGCUCUGCUCUGUUAUUUAGAGACGGAUUAUUGGCUUUCUUCUUCUCAUAACAAACCACAGGGGCAGUUUCAUUUAGGCAAAAAAGCAGACAAGAAGCCCGAAAUACGAAGCAGGAUUCCAACAAGAGCGCACAUUUUUACGCGUAUCCAAAUAAGAGCAGAGAAGGGGAAGGAGAUCAUCUCAUCUAUGUACAAGGAGGGAAGAAGCAUGUCACGGCUGUCUCUGACCCGGUCCCCGGUCUCUCCCCUGGCCGCUCAGGGGAUCCCUCUGCCGGCUCAGCUGACCAAGGCGAACGCCCCGGUGCACAUCGAUGUCGGGGGACACAUGUACACCAGCAGCCUGGCGACCCUCACCAAGUAUCCAGACUCAAGAAUCAGUCGUCUGUUCAAUGGCACCGAGCCCAUCGUGUUGGACAGCUUGAAGCAGCACUACUUCAUAGAUCGGGACGGCGAGAUAUUCCGCUACAUUCUCAGUUUCCUCAGGACCAGCAAAUUGCUCCUUCCAGAUGACUUCAAGGACUUCCACCUGCUGUACGAGGAGGCUCGCUAUUACCAGCUGACGCCCAUGAUCAAAGAGCUAGAGCGCUGGAAGCAGGAGCGGGAGCAGCGGCGGAUGGCUCAGCCCUGUGACUGCCUGGUUGUUCGAGUCACGCCCGACCUGGGCGAGAGGAUCGCCCUGAGUGGGGAGAAGGUGCUUAUCGAGGAGAUAUUUCCUGAGACUGGAGACGUCAUGUGCAACUCAGUCAAUGCUGGAUGGAACCAGGACCCAACGCACGUCAUCCGCUUCCCCCUCAAUGGCUACUGCAGACUCAACUCUGUCCAGGUGCUGGAGCGUCUCUUCCAGAAAGGAUUCAGUGUGGCGGCGUCCUGUGGAGGUGGAGUGGACUCGUCCCAGUUCAGCGAGUACGUUUUGUGUCGUGAGGACCGGCGGAGUCUCUCCAUCAACACUCCCAUCAGGAUAAAACAGGAACCCCUGGACUAGAGCAUUCUGGGAGAGGGACUGCAAACCAAACCCUGAUAAUCCUUCAUCUUCCACUCCCCCCUGCUCACCCUCUGCCCCCUCCCUCUGUGUCCUAACAGAACCAUAACCACCCCCCAGAUACCGAAGUAUUAGCAGAGGCUUGUUAACCUGGCCAGCUCUGCAGAACUCUUAAGGGGAAUGUAGAACCAAACCAAGGAAAAAAAACAUCAGCGUUUCAAGAUUUUUGAUUAUGUUAAAUAAUGCCCAAAGAAUCUGGGACUCAUGAAAGAACAACAAUGCCAAAUGGAUCCAACAGCAGCUAACUUGAACAAUUUUAGCACCAAGACUGGUUUAAUUUUCUUAAUUUUAUUAUAAAAGUGAUAUCCUGGCCCUUUUGGAGUGACACAAUGAAAAGUCCUUGAAUUCUUAGACACUUAUCCCCCAAAAACCACUUCUUUCAGCAUCUGUUUUGUUUCUGUUCGAGCCCCAUGCUUUGUGUGAGUGGUGCUAAGUCUGGGACAUGGAACUUUGGCAGACAGGACUCUGUCAAAGAUGACAGGAAAAGAACAUAAUCAAAUUUUGUGAGCCCCCUAAAAGGCCACCAACUCCUGAACCCUGAAAGCCCGUUCCCCCUCACAGUACUGGAAGGACAGGCCUCACCGAAAACAGCAUCAUUUGCCAAACUGAUUGUUUAUAACAAUUUUCAUUGUUGUUUCUAAAGUAUGUUCUUCUUGCUCCUUUUGCUGUUCUUAUCAUGACAUGGUGUAAACAAUAAUUAUUAAUAGGAUUAUUUUUAAUGUCUCUUUUUCCUUUCUCCAAUAUGAAGGAUGUAUGAGCGUUGUAUUCAUUAGGCUUUGAGAGCUUGUGAGGGAGCGUUUUCUUGGCAGUAGCUGCAGAAACUCAGAUGUCUGCAGGCUAUGUGGCUAAAGCGAUCUGGCUGGCAGUGCACUCCGAGCCGGAAAAAGUCCCAUUGUUCAAACGGGGGAUGGAAGAGAACCUGGAUGUUUCGACAUUGUCUCUAGUCAAAUGUGCAGCACACAUUAAAAAAAAAGUGCUCUUCAAAUUUCUGCAUAUUAGCUCCAAAAACAUAUCUCAGAUAUCUGAUUGGAUUCAACUGAAAUUCAGGUUAAUGUUGCACAAGCUCCCAAAGUGUACUGCGGUAAGAAUGUUAAGACUUAAUGUGGAGAUUUGAUGUUUACUAGUAUGUCUCGUGAUCAGCCAGAGAUGUACUCUAAAUGUUUCUUUGCACUUAAACGUCUCCAGAAAACACCUGUUUAAACCCAGAAGAGCCAAGCUGUAACAGGAUGACACUUAAAACACACAAAAGAGCAAAUAAUGCACAAAAUGAGACUAGGUGCUUGUUUUGUUGAUUGUACAAACCAAAAGGCGUAAUCUCUUUUACAGUUUAAAGAAGACACAAUAAACAUUUGAAGGGCAGCAGCGUUUGUUCCCUCAGGCCUCUAGUUUUGACAGUUUUUGUUGAGAAAAGCUCACAGUACCUUCAGACGAAGUUGAAGGCACAAAAGUCUCUGUUUCUAUAUUGUCACUUCUAAGCUGAGAUGAUUUCAAUGCUUCUUCACAUGUAUGUAUGGUAGAACCCAGUGUGAACUAUACUCCCAGCAUCAGAGCGUUGUUCACAAAGAGGCGAGUGGGUGGCAUUUACUCCAUCCUGCUCUCAUUCUUUUGGUCUUAUUCUCAACAUUUCUGGAUCAAAGACAAAAACAAGAAAGGCCAAGUUUUUCAUGCUUUAUAUUUGUGUGUAACUUAUAGAUGCUGUUUCUUCCAUUCCAAAAGACUGAUAAAAAAAAGAAAAAGCCCAUUCUGAUCUCUGCAGGCAGUUGUUUGACUUUAACAGGGGUUGUUUUUUUAUCUGUUCAUUAAAGAUGGCUGGUAGUUGUCUCGGACCAUAUUGUCUUGAUAUGUGCUCUCUCCGGAUGGCUGCUGAUUAAACAAGGCCCAUGAGUGGAUGAAGAUGAGCUCGGUUUAGCUCCCAGUCCUGCGCUCUCCUACCCACGGGGGGUUCUCUCUCACAAUCAAGCCCAUCUUUGUUCUGACCUGCCAGUGGCCUGCGCCUUUGCAUCCAGUCGCCUCAAAGGGAAUGGUCAACCAGGCCUUUCAUGUGCCGAGGCAUGUUGGGCUCUUCACAGCGCUCCUCCCCCGAAGGCUCGCAGCUCAGCGGUGCCAGUAGAAACUCGGGCUGCACCCCCUGCUGCUGUGUCAUCCCCAUGCCCUGGUUUUUCAAAAACGCCCUCCUAUGCUGUGGCUCGCUGGACUACACCGCAACCAACCAAACAAACUGAUGAGUCAAAUGUGAGUGUACUGAGAACACACUGUACAGCCAGGAGACUCUGCGGCUGAUCCCUAGAUCUUUGAUCCAGUUCAUGUGAGGUGUGGAAACUCAUCUGGGUUAGCUCUUGAGGAAACGGGGGUAAAAAAUAACCAGUGUUGUACUCCAGCCACACAUCUGCAGGAGUUAAUUUCUUCAGGGAGGAAGGGAACAAGGCAUUUUUUCUCACUGAUGUGGCAUUUUGGAAUCACAGAACAAGCUUUCAGCAGCUUUGCAAAGCUAAAGGGUCAUGCAUAAAUGAUUAAAAACAUAAGUGACCAAUCAGGCCUGCACAUAGAGAAAAAAGGAACAAAAACUGCAGGUUUGGACUCGUCUGCAAUAACCAAACCUGGAACACCCCUGCUUAGUCUGCGAAGAAGUGACAGGUUGAAAACAGUUCGACGGCUUACAUGCUACCGUUCCAGAUGAAGUAUUGGUCAGGGUUUCAGCCACUUCACAUGGCAUUCACUCCACCUCUGAGGCGGGCCCAGCUGUACAGUUAUUGUAUAUUGAGCUAUCAGGACUCUGGGUUUUACAGGACCCUCGUGUUUUUAAAGAGACCUCUUAGUCCUCGUCACAAAAAGAAUGAAAAGAAAUCAAAGCGUUACAUUGUGUACAUAUGGAUUGAAACAUUUCAAAGGGUAUCAUAAGGUGCAAAUGUAUAUUAUUUAAAGUGUUUAAAACAAUUAGACUGUGGUAUUAAAGGGCAUGUGUUC